AUGGAGCAGAGUGAACAUGACCUGUUGGAGGAAGCCAACAAUGUUGCUACCUUGGGCGAAUAUUUCGCGUGGGUGCAACGUUGUGACGAGUGUAUUGAACAAUUGGAAGAAAAGAGUCGUGCCAAGCGUCCGCGGCUAUCCAUCGGAAAUAUACAAUCGUUAGUGGCUCGAAUCGCGCGGCUCGAGGGAUUGAAGAAGCGUUUGGAAAGACUCUUUAUACAUUUCGGUGGUGGUGGUGGUGGUUACGCUGAACAGCCUUCCACCGCAGAACUCUCAUGGCGAGAGAUUGAUACCGCGUUUGAAAACCGUAUAUUAACCGGUGCGGUGAUCAACGCGAAUUACAUCGAGCCGCGACGAUUCCUGGAAGACGCUAGUAGCAUAGUGCUGGAGCAUGUGCACAACGCUAUUGAACAACACAACAGCGUAAAACACGAGCAGCACGUGAUCGAGCUCACCUUGGCAAUUCUCGAAGAGUUCCAGGAGCGCGAUAGCGGAUGGGCCUUGUCGCGUAUAUUGAACCUGAUCAUCAACGUGAACAAGUACAAUCCCUUGCACGCGGGAUGUUACAUCAAGUUAUCGGAGGAGAUAAAGUCGAAGAAAGCAGUGGUGAACGUGCGAACGAUGGACAAUGCGUGCUUCGCGUGGUCGGUGGUCGCCGCUCUUUAUCCUGCGGAAAGGCACACAGAACGCAAAUCUUCGUACCUGCACUACACGACGGUGCUGAAUCUCCAGGGCAUAGAGUUUCCCGUAACGCUGAAGAACAUUGUGAAGUUCGAACGUCUGAACGACAUCUCCAUAAACGUGUAUACCAUCCAGAAGAAGAAGAAAGAAGAGGAACAACUCACGAUCGUACAACGACUCACCGAUGAGAAGAUGGAUAAGCACGCAAAUCUGCUGUACGUGCAAGAUGCGCAGGACAACAACGUGGGACAUUUCGCGUGCAUCAAGAAUCUAUCCCGCUUAGUGAGUUGCCAGAUAAAUAAGAAGAAUGGGCAAAUAUACAUUUGUGAUCGAUGUCUACACUACUUCUACACUAAUGAGAGAUUGGAGGCCCACUCCGUGGAUUGCAGCAAGAUGAACGAAUGCGCCAUCGUCUUACCUAACGAAGAGGACAAGUGGCUAAGUUUCAUCGACUACAACAGGAAGGAGCGAAUGACGUUCGUCGUGUACGCCGAUCUGGAGUGCAUCCUGCAGAAGACGGAGGAGAAGGACGACCCGAAGCUGUACCAGCGUCACCGGGUAUUCAGCAUCGGGUAUUAUGUGCGGUGCUUCUACGACGACUCGCUAUCCGAGUACCGAUCCCGUCGCGAUACCGAUUGUAUAUCGUGGUUUGUCGAAGAAGUAAGAAGUUUAGCGUAUCGCGUGAAAGCGAUUUUGUCGAGAAAUGUCCCCAUGGUAGAAUUAACUCGAGACGAGCGCGAAAAAUUCGAUAGCGCGACGCAGUGUCAUAUCUGCGAGAAACCGUUCGCGCCGGACAACACGCGGGUUCGUGAUCAUUGCCACCUGACCGGUCGAUACAGAGGUCCCGCGCACGCGAAUUGUAACCUAAAUUACAGAGAUUCGCGUACUAUUCCGAUAGUGUUCCAUAAUUUAUCCGGCUACAACGCGCAUUUCAUUGUCAAAGAACUGGCCAGCAAUUUCAUGGGCAAUGUCGAUGUAUUGCCGAUUAAUAAAGAAAAGUACAUUUCGUUCACGAAACACGUUUACAGGUUCGAAGACGAUAAGACAACAUGGCGAAACCACAUGCAAUUGCGGUUCAUCGAUUCAUUUAAAUUCUUAAGCAGCAGUCUCGAUAAAUUGUCAUCUUAUUUAAAUAACAAUAAAUUCCGAAUCGUACGAUCCGAAUUUGCAAAAUUGUCGGCUGACGACUUUGAUUUACUUACGGCGAAAGGGCGUGUUCCUUUACGAGUACGUGGAUUGCGCCGAAAAAUUGAGGAUACUCGCCUACCGCCGCGCGAAUCGUUCUAUAGUUCUCUGACAGGUGAUACGGUAUCCGAGAGCAAUUACGCGCACACCGAGAACAUCUGGCAGCGGUUCGCCAUUCGAACGCUCGGCGAGUACAGCGAUUUGUACUUGAAAACGGACGUCUUGUUGUUGGCCGACGUAUUCGAAAAUUUCCGCGAUAGCUGCAUCAAUAGUUACGGUCUGGAUCCCGCGCAUUAUUACACUCUGCCCGGUUUUACGUGGGACGCGAUGCUCAAGCAUACGCGUAUAAAUUUCGAACUUCUUACCGAUAUCGAUAUGGUCAUGUACGCGCAAGCCAACAACAAGUGCAUGCAGUCGUACGACCCAUCGAAACCUUCGUUGUAUCUCAUGUAUUACGACGUUAAUAACUUGUACGGUUGGGCAAUGUGUCAACCACUGCCCUAUGCUGAAUUUCGAUGGAUCGAUGACACUUCCAAUUUCGACGUGAACGUGAUCACUCCUGAUUCACCAAAGGGAUACAUUCUUGAAGUCGAUCUCGAGUAUCCGCAACAACUGCACGACGCGCACGUCGACCUUCCGUUCUGCCCGACGCGCGAUAAGCCGCCGAGUAAACGGCAGGAUAAGCUGCUCGCAACUGUGUACGAUAAGAAGCGGUACGUCAUUCAUUAUCGUAACCUGCAGCAGUGUACGCGUCACGGUCUUCGCGUCACAAAAAUACACCGCGUAUUAGAAUUCGCGCAAUCUCCAUGGCUCCGCGAGUACAUCGAACUAAAUACGCGAUUUAGAACGGCAGCGAAAACUGAUUUUGAGAAAAAUUUGUACAAACUAAUGAACAAUGCGGUAUUCGGUAAAACCAUGGAGAACGUGCACAAUCACGUGGAUGUUAAACUGUUAACGAAAUGGAACGGACCAUACGGUUCGGAGGCAAUGAUUGCGAAACCGAAUUUUCACAGUCGCAGCGUCUUUUCGGAAAACCUGGUCGCGAUCGAGAUGCGUAAGCUCGAGGUGAAGUUCAACAAACCGAUCUACGUGGGUAUGUGCAUCCUCGACAUAUUCAAGGUCUGUUUGUACGAAUUUCACCACGAGUACAUGUUACCUCUUUAUCGCGAGAAGUGUAAGGUUACGUACACGGAUACCGACAGUUUAAUUUAUCAUAUCGAGUGCGAGGACGUGUACGAGCAAAUGAAACGCGACCUUGCACGAUUUGAUACAAGCUAUUACGCAUCCGACAACGUAUACGGAAUACCGCUCGCGAAUAAAAAAGUACCAAGUUUAAUGAAAGAUGAGAACAACGGCGCGAUCAUGACGGAAUUUGUGGGGCUCAGAGCCAAAAUGUAUGCUUUGAAAGUAGACGGUAAAAAAGAUACGAAGAAAGCGAAAGGUGUUAAGAGUAAUGUAGUCGCGCGAACGAUAGCGUUCGCUGAUUACAUGCAGUGUUUGAAAGACUACAUAGAAAUGACUCGAGAUCAAUCGCGUAUAACAUCGAAGCUGCAUAACGUGUACACCGUUCGCGAGACGAAAAUCGCUCUGAGUCCGUACGACGAUAAGCGCUACGUUGUACCCGAUACGAACAAUACGCUGCCGUGGGGACAUUUCCGGAUACCGUUGUAA